CCGGGAGCGAGCGGCCGCCCGGUCCGCCGCCUCAGUCCGCCGACCCGCGCACGCACGGCCGCGCCUCGCCCGCCUCCUCGUCCGCGCCACCCGGGGCCCUAGCAGCCGCGGCUCUCGAGCCCGCCGGGGGCGUCAGCGCGGCCCCUCAGCGGCGCCCCUGCCCAUUGGCCUCCGCCAGGGCCUCCCUGCGAGCGGCGGGCGCGGCCCGGGCUCCCGGCUCCCGGCACCUCACACACGGCAGCCGCCGCCGGCCUGCGGGGGCGCGCACUUGCGAAACUCUCACAGGAUUCCUGAGAGAAAGACCCCUGAUACCCGUUUGACAUACAUCACAUGAUAAUGUCACCAGCAGCCACGUCAGAAACGGGUGAAGAGAGCCGAAGCAGAAAACCGAGCACUGGGCUCUGAGGGUGCUCAGCUGUGAACACGGCUCAGCCGAUGAGGCUUUCUCCCACCAUGUAGCUCAGCUGACUGCGCAGAUCCCGCCUUCUCCGUGCCCCCAUGGCCACAGACAUGACCUGAGCCUAAUGCGUGGUCCUAGGGCUCAAGGGUGACAGGCCAGGGCACCAUGGAACUGAAAGUCUGGGUGGAUGGAGUUCAGAGGAUCGUCUGCGGGGUCACAGAAGUCACCACAUGCCAGGAGGUGGUCAUUGCCUUGGCUCAGGCGAUAGGCCGCACUGGAAGGUACACACUUAUAGAAAAAUGGCGAGACACCGAGAGACACCUGGCCCCCCACGAGAACCCCAUCAUUUCCCUGAACAAGUGGGGCCAGUAUGCCAGCGAUGUGCAGUUGAUCCUGCGCCGCACAGGCCCCUCGCUCAGCGAGCGGCCCACCUCCGACAGUGUGGCCAGGGUCCCCGAGAGAACACUCUAUCGGCAGAGCCUGCCGCCCCUAGCCAAGCUGGACAAGGCCAUCCGCCGGAGGGAGCCCAAGAGGAAGUCGCUGACCUUUACAGGGGGCGCCAAGGGGCUGAUGGACAUCUUCGGGAAAGGCCGAGAGACAGCGGCAGCAGCGGUGGAACUGAGGCAGAAGGCGCUCAACCACUGCCGGGCCCCUGCGGCCGAGGAGCUCAAGAGGCUGAUCCGCCUGCAGACGGAGAAGCUGCAGUCCAUGGAGAGGGAGCUCGAGUCCAGUGAUGCGCAGAUCCGUUUCUGGGAGCAGAGGCACAGCUCAAACCUGGAGGAGGAAAUUGUCCGCCUGGAACAGAAGAUCAAGCGGAACGAUGUGGAAAUCGAGGAGGAGGAGUUCUGGGAAAAUGAACUGCAGAUUGAGCAGGAAAACGAGAAGCAGCUGAAGGACCAGCUGCAGGACAUCCGGCAGCGGGUGACGGAGUGUGAGAGCAAGCUCCAGGACUACGUGGCUCAGAUCCAGGCCAUGAAGGAUGGCCUGGAAGCCGAAAAGCUGCAGCGGGAAGUCCAGGAGGCACAGGUCAACGAGGAGGAGGUCAAAGGGAAGAUUGGCAAGGUCAAGGGCGAGAUUGACCUCCAAGGCCAGCAGAGCCUGCGGCUGGAGAAUGGAAUUAAAGCCGUGGAGCGGUCUCUUGGACAGGCCACCAAGCGACUGCAGGACAAGGAGCAGGAGCUGGAGCAGCUGACCAAGGAACUGCGGCAAGUCAACCUCCAGCAGUUCAUCCAACAGACAGGGACGAAGGUGACUGUGCUGCCUGCUGAGCCCGUGGAGGUGGACGGCCCACCCUCGGACAGGGAGCAGGAGGCUCCCUUCCAGUCCGGGUCCCUGAAGCGGCCCGGCUCUUCCCGGCAACUCCCCAGCAACUUGCGGAUCCUGCAGAACCCCCUCUCAGCUGGGUUCAACCCUGAGGGCAUCUACGUAUAGUGCACCUGCUUCCGGGGAGAGACCCAAGAAGGGAUCCCCAAUCUGUGCCAAGGACCCACCGAGGAUCUAUCUCGGAGCCACUGGAGCCAUACCCCGUGCACUGAUGCUAAGGAACAAAGAAACAUAAGUGUCUGCCACCAGCCAGUGCUGACUCCUUCACCCAGCUGCCACCACGCAGAGCCUUCCUGUUUAUGUAACCCUUGGAGAGCAUCAGGAAAGUAUUAGAUGCCAUGUGUAUACGUAAAUAAAGCUGUGGGUGUGUGAGCGGAGACACAGCUGCAGCUGGCUCGGCCUCAUUUUCUCCCAUGCCACCAGCUAGUGUGCGAAUGUGUCCUGACCUCCUCUUUCUGACCAGCCCCUGCCCUCUGCCAGAUAUCUUCUGUCCAUUAAUUUGUCCAUCCACAGCUGCUCUGCAACAAGGUGGACACCCUGGGUGCUGCACCCCCCUACCCCACCUCAAGACGGCUAUGGAAGAAUCCAGCUGCAGUGAUGUCAAGAUGUCGGUGCCUGUCCUAGGCAGUGCCACCUUAUGAGGCAAGAGAAGGCAGGCCAGCCUCGUUUCCUCUCCAGCACCCCUACAGCCCACCCCUGAGCGGGAACCUUGAAUAAAUGUGGGUUUAAGAGCCCGGUCCACUUCAGGCACCUGCUGGACAAAAACAUAGUGGCUGAUGAGCCCUCCACCCAGGCCUAGGGUUCCCCGGCUCCUGGUGGUUUCAUUUCUGCCCUGCCUCAUCAUUUCACACACCUGGAGCCUCUGCAUUGCCAUGAUAUGAGUCAGAGGUAUGGAAGCUCAGUCACUCCUGGAUGGGUGCUGUAGGAGUUAAAGUGACCCACUUCUCAGUAUGCCCUACUAGUAUAAACACCCCAGGGUGACUUCCUCCUUGCACUAAACCUACUUGACACACACACAGCACACAGCACAGCAGCCUCCCCAGCCUUUGAAUAGGUUGUAGGCAGGUGUUUUCUGCCAAGGGAGUCAGGCAAAAUUCAGUCUGUGUUUGCAUUUUUCUGAGUGUGACUUUUACAGGACACUGAUGCUCUUUUGUACCCAUAUUUUCUUGUUUAUAAAACCAAAAAAAUGAGUUUCCUUCCCCUCUCCCCCGUGAGUACUGAUUUGGCUUCAGCUUCCAGGUAAAGGUCUUAGCAAUUGUGGUCAGAUACCUCUUAGCCAUGUCCACAUUCCCUCUGGUCAGAGUCUGGUGCACUAAUGAUGAAGACUGUCCUCUGAAAGGGAACGUAGUUUUCAAUUUCAAGGAAAACUCAUUACCUGUAUUAUCCACAUGCAACAAAGUUAAAGUGAAUUGCUAUAUUAAUGCCGUGGUAACUGUAAGCAGAUAGUUCGUAGUUUAUGCAUGAGGGCAACUUUGGAUGCUUUAACACGCACUUGACUUAUUUUUGGUGUGAUGAAUGUUGAGAAUGCUGCUACUUAGACUUCCCACAAAAAACCUUAAGAAUGGUUGUGAACAUGUAUAGAAGCUUCUAGAGAACUGAGAGUCAUCACGCAGAGUUGCCUUUUCUAGUUCCUGCAAAAUGGCAGACCUCAAAGAAAGAUGUCAUUUUCUUUGAGCUCUUGGGGGCUCUCAAGCAGUCCUUGCCAUCAGACUAUUUUGCAAAACACAUACACACACACACACACACACACACACACCUUGGGAAAUAAAUUAUUCUUACCGAAAUAACUGCAACCUACAUACUUGUGCUCUCAAUUUGUAAUAGUUGUUUCUUACCUGCAGACUACACUAAAAAUUAGGGAUAUUCAGAAGUCACUGUAAUUUGUAGAUUUUGUGACAAUGACGACUCAUGUCAGUCCGAGAGAUGCCUUAUUUUUAAAGGGUUCCAUCCUGUACUGAGUUGUUUUUCUUACCAUUGAUUAGAAAAACUGAAAUCUUAUUUACAAAGAAAAACUUUUUUUUAAAUAAAUCGACUGCAUUCAAUAUAGAUCAAAAUGUUAAGCUGAAGACAUAUUAGGCUUGGCCGUUGGAUGUCGUGAAGAUGUUGUAGUGUGCCAUGAAACAAAUCAAGUCACUUUCCAGCUAAUCGUGUUGCAAAUUUCUGUCAGUAUUAACCUAGUAAAUAUCAUGAGAAGCCUGGCAGCAUCCUGCAACUUGUAGGAGCUGGGCUUCCCCAGCAUGGUAUUACGAUUAACCUGCCAAGCAACUUCACCCCAGCUUUGAAGUUGCCAAAUACUCUUCAUGGACCUCAUUGCAGAUAGACAUGCUACUCCCUAGGUGGAAAGAGUAGAAAAAUGUGAAUUUAGUGAAGGCAUUGCACGGCUGUACUUUUUGAUCAGCCAUACUACUUCUGGGAAGCACAUCUCUUAAAUAUUUUCUGAGUCCCUUUUUGAAAACUGAGGAGUGAAAACCCUCAUUCCCCUAGAGCAUAGUAAAAGCUUUUAGUCUAUUUCUGACCUUUGUAUCUGUCACCAAUACAAAUGAGCUAGAUUCAGUGCCCCAUCCUUGGAUACAUUUUGGAGGGUAGCAGGCAAUGUUAUACAAAAAUACCAAAUGGCAGUAUUGCACCCAGGGAGCCAUUCAGGUUCUAAAUACUAAAUUGGAUCACAAGUUUUUGCUAUACCACAGGUCAUUUUAUUGUGAUUUUCUACAUCAGAUUUUUUUCUUUUUUCCUGUCAAAGAAUAAUUUGAAAUGACAUUGGUGCAUCUGACCCUUUGAAUGUCUGUUUCCUUGGAGUGACCUUCAGUCAGCUGCAUGGGUCUUCCUGUUGUUCUUGUGAGAUGCUUGGCCUGAUAGCGUUAGUGUCUUGAUGCACAGGGCUUUUGUACAGCAGACUUUGCCAGGUGCAAACAGACGUCAUCCUCUGUCCCCGCUGAACUGAUCACUGAUUCCCAUCUCAGAGAUAAAUCAUGAGCUCGAGCAAAGGCAAGAUUGGCACAGUAUAGCUGGGGAGAAGAAAUGUUGAAGCUGACACUACUAAAGCUGGUACCUGUGCCUGGAGGGAGCCUUUCUCUAUGAAUAAAGAAACAACAGGCAGCAGGCUUUAGAGAAAGAAAAGCAUCUGGACAUCUCUCCAAGCUAAACCAUAUGCCACAGUGAGGAAACAAAGUGGGGAAGGACAAAAACUCUGAAUUUGGGACAAGCAAACAAGUUGGGCCUUAAUUGAUGUGUAAAUAAAUUAUGAUGCUGUGCCCCAACCCGCGCCUCUUCCCCGUCUCCAUUCAUCCAUGUUGUAUGAAAUUCUCACUCAUAAGUAUUACUUUUGUAUAACGGCCUUUGUUUUUUUUUUUACUUGCAUGUUUCUACCAUUUGCUAUACAGUAUUUUUUAAGUGUUGGGUGAAGGCCAUCCACUGAACAGAGAAAACAACAGUUACUAUUUAUUCAGUAUUGCUGCUUUACAUUUUCAGAGUCAGCUUUCUGCCCAGGACAGGGGCUGCUGGGAAGCUACAGGAACUCAAUUCUGAUGCAUUUUAUAUAUUUUUAGAAACCAAAUAAAUGCAGAUUUACCUAUUUAGUAUACUAAUUAUAUUAAACCAGCAGAAAUAUAAAGGCAAUAAAGUAUAUACAUAUAUAUAUGGGGGGAGGGGGAAGAUUAAAAACUAGGUUUACAGCCAGACACUGCACCGCCCCACUUGGAUCUCAGUGUGUCUCUCUUCAAAGACCAGGAGGACUUAUGUUGACACAUAAGUCAACAUAAACUUGAAAACAGGACACCGCCCCAGUCUCCAGCUGUGGACACUUACAUACAGCUUCUAGCACCACUUUGCUUCUGUGCAAAUAAAAUGUUUGUGAUCUGUAUCAUAUGUAACUAUC